CAGCUAGGUCGGCUCUCUGAGGCCGCAUUUAAUUUGCAAAUUUUGCUCAGAAAUCCCGAGCUCCCUGAAACUCAAGAACUCGCCUCCAAACCCAAAGGGUGAAGGCUUUCUUCUUCGGAGACCCAACUGUUAGCAUCAGGUCUCAUUUUGUGGAAAGAUACAUUGACCAGAAAACCAGCGAUAGGGACGGUUUCUACUACACAAAUUACACACAACUUAAAUUUCUGACCGUCUCCAGAAUGGAUGGUCCGACACACCCUGACCCCAGGAGACCUGAGGGACCUCCAAGUGGAAACUAUUAAAAGCAAUGUUGACCUGGAGGACUCUUCAAUUUUGAUGAACAUAAGCUGGAUACUCCGGGCAGAUGCCAGCAUCCGCUUGUUGAAGGCCACCAAGAUCUGCGUGAUGGGCAAAAGCCACUUCCAGUCCUACAGCUGCAUCAGGUGCAAUUACACCCAGGCCUUCCAGACUCAGACCAGACCCUCUGGUGGCAAAUGGACGUUUUCCUACAUUGGUUUUCCUGUCGAGCUGAACACAGUCUAUUUCAUUGGGGCCCAUAACAUCCCCAAUGCAAAUAUGAAUGAGGACGGUCCCUCCAUGGCUGUGAACUUCACCUCCCCAGGGUGCCUGGACCACGUAAUGAAAUAUAAAAAAAAAUGCAUCGAGGCAGGAAGUCUGUGGAAGCCAAACAUCACCGCUUGUAAGAGGAGCGCGAACAUGGUGGAAGUGAAUUUUACCACCAGUCCCCUUGGAGACAGAUACAUGGCGCUCAUCCAAAGUACCGCCGUGAUUGGGACUUCCUACGUGUCAGAGAAAGAACUAACUCGAACUUCCGUGGUGGUUCACGUGACUGGGGAGAGUGAAGGUGCUGUGGUCCAGCUGACUCCGUAUUUCCAUACCUGUGGCAACGACUGCAUCCGACAAAGAGGAACCGUGGUGCAGUGCCCACAAACGGCAGUCUCUUCUCCUCAGGAUCAUGACAGAAGUGUGCUGCGUGGCUGGCUGCCUCUCCUCCUGUCCGCUCUGCUUGUGGCCACAUGGGUGCUGGUGGCUGGCAUCUAUCUGAUCUGGAGGCAUGAAAGGAUCAAGAAGACUUCCUUCUCAACUACCACGCUACUGCCCUCUAUUAAGGUUCUUGUGGUUUACCCUUCUGAAAUAUGCUUCCAUCACACAGUUUGUUACUUCACUGAGUUUCUUCAAAACCGCUGCAGAAGUGAAGUUAUCCUUGAAAAGUGGCAGAAAAAGAAAAUAGCCGAGAUGGGUCCCGUGCAGUGGCUUACCACUCAGAAGCAAGCAGCGGAUAAGGUCAUUUUCCUUCUUUCCAAUGAUAGCACCACGUGUGAUGGUAACUGUGACAAGGAGGGCGGCCCCUGUGAGAACUCCCAAGACCUGUUCCACCUCGCCUUCAACCUCUUCUGCAGUGAUCUGAGAAGCCAGGCUCAUCUGCACAAAUACGUGGUGGUCUACUUCAGAGAGGGUGACAUCACAGACAGCUACCGGGCGCUCAGCGUCUGCCCCACGUACCGCCUCACGAAGGACGCUACAGGUUUCUGUGCAGAGCUCCUCCGUGCCAAGCAGCGUGUGUCGGUGGGGAGAAGGUCACGCGCCUGUCGCUACAGCUGCUGCUCCCUGUAGCCCAGCCACGAAGCAGGAGACCCUAAAGCCUUCUGACCCCUCCAAUCACAGGGAAAAAAGGGUCUGUGAGAAUCUGAAGUUUACCAUAUAGGCUACUUGCAGGGAGGAUUACAGCUGAACCCUGAACAACCCAAGGGUCCUGACCCCUCUGCAGCGGAAAAUCCAGGGAGAACUUCACAGUCCAUCAUCUGUAUCCAUGGUUCAACCAUCUGCAGAUGUGUAGUGCAUUACUUACUGAAAAAACUGCACUUAAGUGUAUCUGCCCAGUUCAGACUUGGACUGUUCAAGAGUCAACCAUAUGUGUAUCUGCUUGAGCAAAAGGAAUAGGGAGGAUUUACAACAGGAUAAUUUACAGAGGAAUACAUACACCUUAAUCUAGUAAUUAAAUGUUAUACCAAUAAAAUUGUUAUAAAUAUUA